UUUAGUACGUUGAUCGAUCCUCUAUGCUGCGUUUCAAUCAGCAGAACUGACAGCUAUACCUAUAUCUUCAUAUUCGCUCAUCCUCAAUAUGCAUCGCAAUUUGCAGCAGCUAGCUGGUAUGAGCUGAUAGUCUGUACCCAAAUUAUCUUGGAAUGGAUUAUUGGUUUAGAUAUCGGAGAUACGUAACCAAGUUUCUUUUUAUCCUUAUCGUUGUUUCUCAUAGUGAGGGUAUAAACAUAAAUAUAUCGACAUGUCUUCCCAUCGAAAAGAACCGCGUAUUUUUCUUCUCGGUUGCCAUGAGCAGAAAUAACUGUUGCAGAAACAAAUAUUAUUGAGGUUUUUAGAGAAAAAAAUCACACCCCAGAUCGGCUCGGUACGCGGAUAAUGUAAUCAAUCGCUUAAAAUUGUUCACAGCCCUUUGAUGUCUCCUAUAAAUUUCGUUUUUAAUUUCAUGACGUCUUGGAAAAUUCCAUGUAUACAGAUUUAUUCCAUUCCAUGUAUACUCAUUUUAUUCUUUUUACCCUCAUCAAUACUACAGUCGAAAAAUUAUUCUGUUAAUUUGUUAUGAAUCAAUUAAAAUCAUUGACGAUACUCUAUGAGAUCUGAUAAAUCUCUCAGAUUUAUGGAUAUCAUCGAGUAAAAUUAAUCGACAUCCCACGUACGAUUUUACUUUCCUUUUCUUCUCAUCACUAUUGCAAUAAGAAAAUCGAUUAUCCGUACAGCAUGGGCCGGUCAGAGGCGUCGUUUUACACCGCAAAACUUUCAAGAAAUUUUAUAUUCUAAGGCCGGAGAAUUUUAACGUAGAAAAUUCUAUGCAUAUGUACACCCAGGUUACGUAUCUCUCGGGAUUGAUCAUCCUCUGUAUAACUUAGAUAGCCACCCUGUCUCUUUUUGAUCUCACCCACGCAUACGCAGUCUAAAGAUUUUAUCACACAUAUUUUAUUCUAAAAUUAUGAUUCGUUUUUCUGUCUUUCACAUACAUAUUUAUUGUAUCUACAUCGGUGGUAUAUUUACCCAAUUAUUUCUUGAGCUCCUUAUUGUCCCUGCUAUACAGUAGAAAUCCACGAUCCCCACAAGUAGUCAUAAUUCUAUUACUAUAUGCCUAUAUGGUAUAAUAUUUACAUAGGUUUAUUCGAAUUCAGUAUAAAUACAUCAGUGCUGUUUUAUCGUCAUUAUUCCAUGCUAAAUUUUCUGCUAUGAAUAUCCCCCUCUAUUUCCAUUAAAAAAUAUAUAUCUCUAUACAUACAUAAUGUAUUUAUAUUUCUGCACACUAAUUAUUACAUUGAUAAAAGAGGGCAAAACUCCAUCAGUUGAGUAUUACGAGGUAUAUUUUGAGCCUAAAAAAUUCUGUCUGAAAAUAAAAUUUAAAUUCCAAAAAAAAUACGGAUAAUGUAAUCGAUUGAUCUAAUCGCGGAGUUUCGCCCACGCCAUUUUGGUAUCUCUGAUCAUCUUUAUUUUUAUUGAUCAUGCCCACGUAUUUAGGAUUUUUGUCCACAUUGAAUUUGUCAUACUUAAUCGUAGAAUGUGUUUUAACAACUUUAUUGUACACGCAAUUUACUGUAAUUAUCAUUGAUCGUAUGAUAGAAACACAAACCAUUUUUAUUAAUUUUUUUAUCCAACAAUUUUUUUCUCUUGUAUUAAUCCAUCAAUUUCUUUGUAUACAUAUAUUGCAUUGUUCAGUAGAAUUUGAUCCAUUAAAAAGAAAAAAACAAAAUAAUAAUAAUUCAAAUGACUUUUCAUAAAAAAUAUAAACCUUAUUAUAUAAUUAGAUCAGACAACCAAAACGUGUGUAUGUAGUACAUAUGAUAAUGGAGUAUGAAAAAACAAAAAAAAGAAUGAAUUUUAAAAUGAAUAAGUUAACGAAACAGAAUUAAAAAGCAAAUACUUUAACAACAAUAAAUUUGAAAUUAAAAAGUAAAAAGAAAAUAAAAAAAAGAGUAUUUCCGACGGAUGUGGCGGGGAGCUUGGAACUAUCCGAUAAUAAAUAACUGGCUAUAACGACGCAGGUAACCGGAGAACAGCCAGCGUACGAUCGGUAGGAUAUUCGGACCUAUUUGUCCUCAGUAAAAAGGACAUGUGGGAUGUCCUAAAAGAAUAUCCAGCAGCCAGAGUACGACUAGAAGCCAUCGCCGUGAAGAGACUUGAGAAAUAUAAAAGGGCACCUUUGGAAAAAGCGGCCAUGGGUAGAUGUCAGAGUACUCCUGGUCUAGUGGAAUCACGGGGUCAGGUCCCCCUGGAAGAGAUGUGGGUAUCCUCAUUGGAGACGAGUAAUCCGGCGCCAUUCGCGACAACCCAUUCAAUUUUUUCCCCGUCAACAAGUCCCCUCAAUUCACAUAAUUUAAACAUGCAGAGCAGCCACAGCAACGCUACGAAUGUCCUGAACAACAACAACAACAAUAACAACAAUAAUAACAAUAACAACAAUAAUACUAACAAUAAUAACAACAUAACUAAAAGUAUUGAGAGUCCUAUGAGUGCUACGAGCAGUGGACAUAGUAGCGAAGAUCAGGCUUCUAGGCAACCAACUUCUGGUGCGGGGUCGCAGCAGGGAUUUGGAGGAAAACAAUCUACACAUUCUGGUACAACAUGCAACAGCAUGACACCUCUUGUUCAAAGUGAGGGUACGACGCCGUUGUUGGGUUCCCACGAGGCACUUUUGGCCGAAAUCAAACGUCUCAGAGAACGUUUAGUUACGUUGGAAACAGAAAAUGCUGCGAUGAGUGUUAAAUUGAAUCAACAACAAUGGGAAGUUGAACAUAGAUUGGCGGAAAUUGAGAUGCAAAUAUGCGGUGCUAGUUCUUCGUCCAGUCUGGAAGAUAAUGAGCGAAACAGGGAAAGCAUUAUUUAACGAGAAACAUGGCCGCGGGAGCGCGGCAACAAUAGGAACAUGGAACGCGUACGUCGUUACGUUGAAGAAGCCAGCGGCAUUGAGGAUUUCAGCGGUAUAACUUCCUUGGCACACAGUGAAACAAAAUCAAUCGGUAGUAUCAGUCAAAGAUUAUUCGAAAGCGACGAUAAUGACGAUGAUGAUGAUCACGGUCACGGUGAUGUCGGCCAUUCCGGUACGUGUAACGGAUACAAUAAUUCACAACCAGGAAGCAAGUCGAAUUUAUUAUUAUGCCGCGAAUGUUGCGAAGUUAGAUCGAGAUGCUGCAAAAACAUAAUUCAAGGUGGCGGCGGCCGUUUUCCUUCUGCAAGAUACAUCGAAGAAUUAGUUAUUGAUUCGCAAUCGUUACACCAUCAAUCUUCAAACACGGAACGCGAUCUCAUAUGUUUUAACUGUCAUGCACCAAAAUUAUGUCCACAAUGUGAAUAUUGCAGCAGUAAAAUAUUUGAGAAAAUUGGAUCCAUGCCUUUAGACACCGAGGAUCAAAUCGAACGGAUCAAAGGGGAUGAAAGAUUGACAGAGAAUUUAUUCAAAAAAGUUGAUCACUCCUCAUCUUCUUCUAAUUAUCCAGUGAGCGCCGUUGUCCAAAUAAAAGUCAACAGUAAAAAAAUAACUGAGGUUGAUUCAGACGAAAUAAAUGAGAAAAUAUCAUACAGCAUAGAUACUAGGGAAUCUGCUGCAGAUGAAAAAUCGCACACGACAGUCAUCGAUUGUUUGGUAACCUUGGACGAGGUCAAAUCGAACUCGAUCCAGCAUAUUGAGGAUGAUAAUGAAGAGAGUAAAAAAUUAAACGGUACUGCAAAGACUAGAUAUUUGAAUUACAUGAUUGUACUUAUUUUGUAAAUAAUAUAUUUAUAAUAAUCUAAAGCAGAAAGUCAACAUUUGCUGUAGUUUAUCUAUAAUUGCUACGAUCUUGAAAUAUUACUAUAUUAUUAUAUUAUUAUCAUUAUUCACUAUCGUACUGAAAUUAAACGAUUGAUUUGAAUCCAUUAUUAACAACGCGUGUACACUUCAACUAUAGCCCAUUAAUGCUUCAAUGCUAUUCGACUACGAAAAGUAAUUAAUCGAAUCGACGUUCUCACAUUAUUCAUAUUACAAUACAAUUCCCUGUACAUAAUAUACAAAUCAUACUCAUGUAUGUAGAUACCUAUUAUAAUUUCCAAAAGGAAAUGUCUUCGCGCGGGUAAUAGUAAAUAACAAUUCAAUAAAUAAUUAUAACAACAACAACAACAAUAAUAAUAAUGUUAAUAAGAAUUAUAAUAACAAUAUAUUGAUAGUCAUAGUUAAUUACUUUGAUCAAUAUUUCGUACAGAUAUACCCAUAUGUAUAGCGGGUUGUAUACAAAUAAUUGAACAUUUGAAUAAACAAAUAAAUAAAGAAAAUGAGAAAAAUUGAUGAUCCUAUACUGGGUAUUGCUUUUUUAUAAAUUAUAAAGUAAUUCUCUCCACCUAAUAUUUUAUAUGAUACGUAGAUACACAUGUAAUGAAUAAUAAUAAUCAUCUUUUUACAACAUAAUAAUUAAACGGCCAUUCCGCUGCACCAAUUACAACAGGGAAUAAUCAUCGAUACUUCUAAGAGAGGGAAAAAGAAAACAUUGUGACAUUAUAAGAGAUGUUGAAAUGAGAGAAAUUAAGAAAGAACAAAUAAAGAAAACAUCACCAACAGCAACAACAAGUUAAAAUUCCACUUACUGUUCGGGACCAACUCAUAAAAGAAAAUAAUAAUAAUAAAAUAACAAAGAAAAGAUAAAAUAAAAUGUCAUUAUCUGACAUCUACUGCAUCCGGUCAUCACUUUGAUUGAGUAAAGUCUUACUUAUAUAAAUAUAUUAUUGAUUGAUUUUUAUUAUUAGUCUCAUCAUCAUUAUGAGUAUUAUUGAAACUAUUACCAUGACUAUUCUGCCCACUAUUGUUAUUGUUCUUAUUGUUGAUAUUGUGAUUAUUAUUCUUAUUGUUUUUAUUAUUGUUAUUUUCAUUGAUUCUUAUGAUUGUUGUAGUUAUAAUUGUUUUUAUUAAUAUUAUUGAAAAAAUUUGGAUAUACCGCGCAGCGAAGUAAAAAUGCCGGACUUUAAUGUGAAAAAAAUUAUCUACACCUACAUAGUCAGAAUAUUUGCUUCGAAAAUAAAAUUCUCGCAAUAUAUUACCGUAUGUAUUGAUAUUUAUAUGAAUCACAACUAGUUUAUAGAAUAUAUACGUUUUCCCAUGUUUUUGAUUACCAUAAAUAUAAAAUCGAAUAUUAAUUAAUGGAUUGUAUAAUUGUUACGAAGAUUAUAAAGUCAUAAUAUAAUUAUAGUUGUACCUAUAUCGUAUUAAGUAAUUUAUAUACUAUACUGCCAUAUAUCAGCGAGAGAAUUUCUUCAUGAUAUUAUUAUUAUUAUUGUUGUUGUUGAAGUGUGACAGUUAUAGAAUUUGUUUAUAAAUAAUAUAGUAUUUAAAUAUGAUAGGUAUAUGAAAUACAUAGGUAAAUUAUGUAAAUGCAAACAUUAAUUGUUAUUAUGAUACAUGUAUAGUAUAUAACACAUGAUAAUAUUCACAUAUUUCCGAAACAGCGCGAGGAAUGCAGAGAAAGUGGACGGUAAUCAAGCGAAUGAAUAAAUAAAUGAAUCAAUAAGUUGCGGAAUUUUUGAAUCGUCAAUACCAUUUCAAUACAUGCAUGUGCAGUAGUUGCCCCUGGAGACAAUUAAUAAUAAUUGAGAAUUAUUAUGUAAUAAAUAAAUCUCAAUAUCAUUACGAUGAUUAUGAUAGUAAUUAUUAUCAUUAUUAGGGUAUUAUUAGACAACUUAGGUGAAUGAAUGAAUUGAUAAGGGGAAACUGAUUUUUGUUGAAAGUGAUUACUAAUUACAACAUUGAUAUCCAAAUAUAAUUUUAAUGAGAAAAAGAAAUGCUAUAUUUAAUGUUCAUACCUAUUACCAGAGAAAAAAAAAAAACAAAUAGAAAGAACACAACGUACAAUAAGUUCAUUUAUACAACAUUCCUCUACCCUCGUCCAAUAUUUUUUACUUUAUAAUUUAAUUUUUGUGUCAUUAAAACGCAUUCUUUACCCAUUGAUUCAUAUGAUUCCAUUGGAAUAAACGGACGGAAUCAAGUUUGCAAGAUGUGUAAAGAACAAGAAGAAAUAAUCGUCGCUGGCUCAUUAAGUUAUUGAGAAAUACUCGUAAAAUAUCUGCUUCUUAUUUUAUGUAAAUCCAUAGAGGAUAUUCUAGGAUUUCAUCCUUCGUAUCUCUGGAUAUUUAUAAACUGUCCGACGUAACAUUUCAAUAAUUUUCCAAGGGCCUGGAGUCCAUUUGAAAAGAUUUGUGGGAAACCAGAAGCAGCUCCUAGAAAAAUGUGGCAUUAUUUUUCAGCAGAUCUGAUAAGCAAUUGCCAAUUACUCUAAAUGGUAGGCAACCAAAGGUACACGGAUUCUCAAUGCAUUUCGUUUAAAAAAAAAAAAACGAAACUGGCUGAUGUGGGAUUUUCUAGUGGAUUCUCUUCGCCAUGCAGUACGUUUAUCGUUUAGAAAUCUCGAAUAUCGAAGCCUCGAAGCCGGACACCAUAUUGAAUUUGAAAUCUACUGUUCCUGUAUUUUUUCACCCAGAUAUUGAGCUAAAUCAAUUCCAUGAAUAUCAUAAUAUUAUUUUAAACUUCAUUAGAUAUGCAAAGUGGAUAUUUAAACUAAUUCUUUCAUCUCGAAAAUUAGGUAAACCAGAAACAUAGCCGAGGGAUCGAUACCAGGAUACUUUGGGUUGGAGAGUACGUUGGAGAAGCCGUGUGCGCAUGUCACUUAGUAGCGACGAUCUCUUUCUGUCGUGGCAUCUUGAGGUGAGUGGUCGUGCGUGGUUUACGUGCAAAGCUAAAAUCCGACAAUUUUCUAACCAAAUUGUAGCCAUCGGGAUUCUAUUUGGUUAAAUAAUAAUCCGUCAUAGUGUAUUUUACGAUUCCCAAGGGAUAAUUUUGGACUAUAUAUCGUGACAAGAUAGUUGGGAUUACUGUUUGAAAGCAACCGAAACUGAACGGUUCUUUGCCGCAAUGAACCGUGUCUAAGGGUAGCCGGCUGCUCAAAAUCCACAACCGCAUGCUAACCAACUUCAAUUUAUUAUUUUUCAUUCGUUAAUUUCAAUUUUUCGGGGAUGAUUGCUUGACUAUUUAUUGCUAACAAUUGCUUUUACUCGUUCAUUAUAUUAUGAGAUGGUGUUGGCCGACUAGUAUACUUUAUCUAACGUAAGUCGAUAUUGAAAGGAGUAUUGCCGCAAUAUUGUUAGCUUCGAAAGUCCGGUUCUUUAACGGAAUUGCUAUCUCAUUCGCUUAUACUAUUUGCUGGAAAGUCCUGGUGUGAAACUUUUGUCCCUUUACAAGAAUUCCGAUCUCAUAAUUUUUACUCUUAUUCCUCUUCCACGUAAUGGCGACGGUGUGACAUGUCAUGGUGAUGGGCCGGAAUCGUGGAAUCGCUUUAGACACAAAGGGCAAGGGCAGCGGCGCUUUUUGCGAUGAUUUCAAAGAUUAUAAACGAUUGCAACUUCCCUAUUGUAUCCCGGGAUUAUCUGAGUAGUAGGAACGACGAUAUUUUAGAGUCGGAUUACUAGGAUAUCGUGAAUAAUCACUUCAUAAGUUGCGUCAAAUUGAGCAACCAGGUUGAAUUCGUUGAUAAAGAUCCACUAGGAGUCUGCGGGAUAGCGGAAUUGAAUAUCAAAAUGGCGGCUCCGAUCGUUCGCGCUGAUUCGGACCAUUUCUUUUCACUUCACUUCACUUCCCAUUAUUGAAAUACCGUUCGAUCCCGGCACUGCCGUGUGCCACGUGGUGACACUGGUCAUUUUGCCAUCUAUUCAGUCGUAAUUCGUAUCAACUCUUUGCAAAUUGUCACCACUAAUUAUAUUCAUCUCCUCUUUCAGCUCUGACAAGGGUAACAGCACAGCUUAAACAUGGGAAAGGAAAAGGUCCACAUUAACAUCGUCGUCAUUGGACACGUCGACUCCGGCAAGUCAACAACCACAGGACAUCUCAUCUACAAAUGUGGUGGUAUCGACAAG